UGUUUGCAUCUUUGCUACAUCGGAAGAUUGUCUACAGCUGUGGAGUCUACAGGGUAAACUGAAGAAGGUCUUUGAGAGUUGACAAUACCUGCGCGGAGUGUUUGUAUGUGUGUUUCAGUGAAUAAUGCCAAGAAAAACAAAAUUUUUCCACGGAGCGAAUAAGGAGGAAGAUGAAGCAUCUGUGAAUAGUGAAUUACGAGCUCGGAAUAUGUUUGAAGACGGCACGCCAGUUGAAUAUAGAAGAAACCUACUACAAGUAUUGCGAAAUUCACAGACCACAGCCGAUGAAGAAAGGAGAAGUCGUACUAAGAGAAAGAAACCCCAGGUGUCUGAAGAACAGCAAAUGAAUUGGAACUGCUGCUUCACAAAUUGAGGAAGACAAAUCUUCAUCUCAAGCCAGUUCAAAAGCAGGCAGUGUGUCUUCCACAGACAGUGUAGAGAUGGUUGAUACAUCUGAUCAGAGUGUACCCAAUGUUAGUGUGGAAGGAACAACAAGCAUAACAAAUGAAGAAGGAAAAUCACAGGAUUCUCCAGAAAAUAAAGAAAGCUCACCUGCUACCUUAAAGCAUGACCAUCUCAGGGACAAAAAACGAAAUAUAAACCCAUUUUUUGUUGAUAAGGAAUCAUAUCGCGAUAGUUUUAAAAGAAAACGGGGAAAAGACUAUUUGAGAUUUCCUUUUGAUUUAUUAGCUCAAGGACUGGAUUAUGAUACUUUCGCAGUAGAGUUCAGAAAGUAUAGCAUUAGUUAUGCAAAGAAGCUUGAAAAGGCCCGAAAUAAAAAGCUAAAUUGUGUAGAGUGGGGAAACCAAUUGUUGGCCCCACUUUCACUUUGCCGCCAAGAACCCGCAAAGAUUCAGUUUGUAACACAGAAACUCGUGCUAAUCAGAGGUACAAUUUGAGAGGCAGGCAAAAUAAAAUUGAGAGGGAUUAUUUGGAAUUCCUUGAUGACGACAACUCAAGUGAAUCGCUAAGCUCUCCAGGAGGUAAAGGUAACAAUGACAUGUCCCAAACAGAUGACACAAUUUUGAAUAAUGAAGUAAAAGAUAACUCCAAGAAAGACAGCAGUCACGCAGGGAUUCCCCACCAUUAGUCAUUGUAGAGGAAAUCAACAGUGCUAAAAAGCUGUAUUGCAAGAAAACUUAAAUCAUUCCAUGACUCAUAGUUCAGAUAAAUCUCCAAAAAAAGUGAAUGUAAGUACGCCUUCACAAGCUAGUGAAGCAAGCUCACCCACCAUUCCAACAAAAAGGCUUUCUUUGCGGCGGGCUAAUGCAUCUAUAAUUCAAAUGAUAAAAAUGAAACGUGUGAAGGUAGUUCACCUGUAGUUAUCGUGGAGGACACUGAUAAGAAGGAGUUACUUCAGUGUGGAAAUUUGAAGACUCCAAUGUCUCAUAGAACUAUCUCAUCUCCAGCAAGUACUCCAAACAAAGAACACUACAGUCUGCCAAAUUCUCCUACUUCUUCGCCAGUUGUUUCAUUGAAGAGAUUGCCAUCGAGGACAGAUCCGUCUAGAGUAGUAGUGUGUGACAAUGACAGAAAGACAAGGGCUGUAGACAGAACUGAGAGUCCACCUGUUCCUGAUCAGAACGUAACAAAAAGACGGCGACUUGAUUUUCAGUUGGCUGAUGACAACGUAGUAGAAGUUGAAGAAGAUAGGCUUUCUAAUGCUUCUCGAAGUCCAGCACCAUGCCUUCCAGCCAUUAAGAAUGUGGAAGACAGUGAAAGUCCAAAAAUAUCGUGUCCAAUAUGCAACCAGCUGUUUAGUAGUGAUAUCAUACAGGAACAUGCAUCUGAAUGUGUUCAGUAUGUUGAUGAGGAAGAAGAAAUGGACAGGAGUCUCUCAGCUAGAGCAAAACGGACAAGGAACAAUUAAUUAUAAAUAAUUUAAAAAAGCAGGCACUUAUGAUGUUAAGAUAGUGUUAUUUUUUUACUGUUUAUAAUUUUAAUAAUAACUAGAUGUUGUUUCCCUGUCCUUGUUGUAAUAUAUAAAAUUAUACGUAGCUGCAUCUGGAAUAUGCACACACAUCACAUCUUUAUGUAUGGGCCUCACUCCAUAUUUU